CUCUCUCUCUCUCUCUGCGUGUAUUCGUCUGAUUUUGACGAAUAUCUACAUUCCAAUUUCCAGAUGCCUAUAUAUACAUUAUGAACAAAAUGAACACAAAACGGCGUCGUUACCAUACGACAUUUGAAGCGAAGGAAGCUUCAAAUUCCCGAAGCAGUGCGUUAGUCAAAUAGCCAGACGGAGCCUUAACAUUCCGGAAACAAUAACGCCUGGGCCACCGUCGUCUUCGUCUUCGUUCCCCUGCGCAGCUUUCUACAGCACUCAACCAUGGCACUCAAUCUCCGACAAAGACAGACCGAAUGCAUAACUCGAAUGUUGAAUCUGAACCAACCUGUGAAUUCAAGUGGAACAGCGAAUGAAGAAGUUUACAAGAUGUUGAUCUACGACAAGUUCUGCCAAGACAUUCUCUCCCCUCUCAUCCACGUCAAGGACCUCCGCAAGCACGGCGUAACCCUAUACUUCCUCAUCGACAAGGACCGCAAGCCUGUCCACGAUGUCCCAGCCGUUUACUUCGUCCAACCCACUCACCUCAACAUUCAGCGAAUCAUCUCCGAUGCCUCUCGAUCUCUCUACGAUUCCUUCCAGCUCAAUUUCUCAUCCUCGAUUCCUCGCCCUCUCCUUGAAGAUCUCGCAUCGGGGACUCUCAAUUCCGACACCAUCAAUCGAAUUUCCAAGGUACACGAUCAGUACUUGGAGUUUGUAACCCUAGAGGAUAAUUUGUUUUCUCUUGCGGAUAAGUCUUGUUAUGUUCAAUUGAAUGAUCCUUCUGCUGGAGACCGCGAAAUUGAGAAAAUUAUUGAGAAAAUUGUGAGUGGUUUGUUCUGUGUUUUGGCUACCCUUGCUGUUGUCCCUAUAAUCAGGUGCCCCCGCGGUGGGCCUGCUGAAAUGGUUGCGUCUUUGCUAGAUCAGCGUUUGCGCGACCAUUUGUUGGCAAAGAAUAAUUUGUUCUCUGAAGGUGGGAAUUUUGCUACUUCAUUUCAGAGGCCGAUUUUGUGUAUAUUUGAUCGGAAUUUCGAGCUGUCCGUUGCUAUACAGCAUGAUUUUAGGUAUAGGGCGCUUGUUCAUGAUGUUCUGGGUUUGAGGCUGAAUAGAUUGAGUGUGCCAGGAGAGAAGGGUGGGAUGAAAUCUUAUGAAUUGGAUAGGAUGGACCCGUUUUGGGUGGGAAAUGGGUUGUUGGAAUUUCCAGAAGUGGCUGUGGAGAUUGAGACCCAAUUGAAUAAGUAUAAGAAGGAUGUCGACGAGGUGAAUAGGAGGACAGGUGGAAACGAGGGGGCUGAAUUUGAUGGGACAGACUUGAUUGGCAACACAAAGCAUUUGAUGAAUGCUGUGAAUUCCCUGCCAGAGUUGACUGAAAGGAAGCAGGUGAUUGAUAAGCAUACUAAUAUUGCUACUGUUUUGUUGGGUGAGAUCAAGGAGAGGUCACUCGAUUCAUUUGCCAAAAAAGAGAGUGACAUGAUGGUUAGAGGUGGUAUUGAUAGGACUGAACUGCUCAGUGUACUUAAAGGGAAAGGAACUAAGUUGGAUAAGCUGCGUUUUGCAAUCAUGUACCUUAUUUCUUCUGAAAGCAUGCCUCAUUCGGAAGUGGAAAUGGUUGAAGAAGCACUCACGGAGUCUGAAGUUGAUACUAGUGCAUUUCAGUAUGUCAAAAAGAUCAAGUCGUUAAAUGUUUCAUUGGCUAAUGCAAAUUCUGCUAGUAGAAGUCACAUUGUGGAUUGGGCUGAGAAGCUCUAUGGGCAGUCACUUAGUGCUGUCACUGCUGGUGUGAAGAAUCUAUUGUCUAGCGAUCAUCAACUUGCAUUGUCAAGGACAGUUGAAGCAAUGAUGGAGGAGAAACCAAAUCCUGAAAUUGAGUCUUAUCUUGUAUUUGAUCCUCGUGCUCCCAAGUCAAGCUCUGGGACAAGUAGUAGCCAUCUGAAAGGACCAUUUAAAGAAGCUAUUGUGUUUAUGAUAGGUGGUGGCAAUUAUGUGGAGUAUGGGAGCUUGCAAGAGCUUGCACAACGUCAACAACCAAUCAAACAUGUAAUAUAUGGAACGACAGAAAUUCUCACUGGUAGUGAGUUUGCAGAGCAGCUUGCAGUUUUGGGGAAGAAGAUGGGAUUAGGAAGUAGUGGUGCUACUUCAGCCCAGUAAGACAGACACGUCAGUUUUUAGCUUGAAGCAUAGUAUUUGGUGGUUCACGAGUUCAUGCAUUGAAAGGAAAAAAGUGCUUUCUAAAGACACCGUGUAAAACAGUCAAUUAUAUACUUGAAGCUGUUGAAUUGGAAGUUAUUGGGAAGGAGUUUGGGUAUACAUUUGUAUUUAUGUUGAGUCCCAAAUGAUGGUUUUCUAUAUUGAUGCACACUGUCCGUUAGGGUUAUAGAAGAAAGCCUUUUUUUAAUCUUCAGUGUUGAAGUGAGUAGAUUUCUGCCCUUCUGUUUUCUGUUUUCUUUUUUCCUUUUUUUUUUUGGUGUUUGAAAUUCUUAGAAUCAUUGAAAUGUCUACUACCUACUUCUUGUUUCAGUCCUUUACAGUGGAUGCUUAUUGGAAAUUGUUUUGAUAGUUACAAAUUAGAUCAUUUUUUUGUUU